CAUUCAUGCACGGUGGAAAUUGUAAAUACGUUGAUAAGAAUAAUGACUUCCUUGAAGGACAAAUUGUUGAGCACGGUGAUAGAACCGAUCUCGACCGGUAGGAAUAAAGUCUCCGUGGUCGGCGUCGGCCAGGUCGGGAUGGCCUGCGCCUUUAGCAUUCUAACGAGCCACGUUUCUAGCGAUGUGGUUCUAGUGGACGUAAUGGCGGACAAGCUAAAAGGGGAGAUGAUGGACCUGCAGCACGGCAGCGCUUUCUUAAAGAAUGCAAAAAUCAACGCCAGUACUAAUUACGCUGCAACGGCGAACUCUAGCCUUUGCAUCGUGACAGCCGGAGCGAGACAGAGGGAAGGCGAGACCAGGCUGGAUCUGGUUCAACGAAACACAGACAUCUUCAAAGGCAUCAUCCCGGAGCUGGUCAAAUAUAGCCCGAAUACGAUCCUCUUGAUCGUCUCGAACCCGGUAGACAUUCUGACCUACGUGGCGUGGAAACUGUCCGGCCUGCCGAAGAAUCGAGUGAUUGGAAGUGGCACCAAUCUCGAUUCUGCCAGAUUCCGUUUCCUCCUAUCGCAGAAAUUGGAUGUCGCACCCACAUCUUGCCACGGAUGGAUUAUCGGGGAGCAUGGGGAUACUAGUGUACCGGUAUGGUCGGGAGUGAACGUCGCCGGCGUGCGGUUGCGCGAUCUGAACCCAGACGUGGGUACCGACAAGGACGAAGAGCAAUGGGGCAAUAUGCACAAACAAGUAGUCGACAGCGCGUACGAGGUGAUCAAACUGAAAGGUUAUACGUCGUGGGCAAUCGGGCUGAGCGUAUCGCACCUCGCCUCGGCUAUACUGCGAAAUUCGAAUCAAGUCCAUGCGGUGUCUACGUUGAUUACCGGGUUCCACGGAAUUACCAAAGACGUGUUUCUGUCUCUGCCUUGCACUUUAGGCGAAGGAGGAGUGACGUGUAUAGUCCAACAAAAGUUAACGGAAGACGAGCGCUCUAGGUUGAACAAUUCAGCGGAGAUGAUGAGCAAAGUUCAAGAAGGCUUAAAAUUCUAGACAUAUUAUCUCGUUUUGCGUGUUACCGUAAUACCUCCGCCUAGAUGAAUUGCAUACCUCACCCGUUUCUCAUCCGUGAACAAGUAUUAUUUUCCUCGAGCCAUUACCCA